CGCAUGUGGCUAGUGCCGUUUUCUCAGGGCAGUUCGCGAUUUGACUUGAGCCGCAAACCGUCAACCACCGAACCGCCCAUUGCACCACUCAAUACACUGUCCGCCAUGACGACCGAAGUCGCGCUCGAGACCACUCUCGGCAACAUCAUCGUCGAGUUGUACACCGACCACGCUCCAAAGACAUGCACCAAUUUCUCCACACUUGCGCAGCGAAACUACUUCAAUGGCCUCAUAUUUCAUCGGAUAAUACCGAAUUUCAUGAUACAAGGCGGUGAUCCUACAGGGACUGGUCGUGGCGGAGCGUCAAUCUACGGGGAGAAGUUCGAAGACGAGAUCACGCCCACUCUUAAGCACACAGGAGCAGGCAUUCUGAGCAUGGCAAACUCUGGGCCAAACACGAACGGAUCGCAAUUCUUCAUCACCCUCGCACCGACACCUUGGCUGGACGGUAAACACACCAUCUUUGGCAGAGUCAAGAACGGCAUGCAGGUGGUCAAGAAACUGGGACUCGUCAAGACAGACAAGGAGGAUCGACCAGUACAAGAAGUCAAGAUUGUGAAGGCUUAUGUGGUGGAGAAGAGCGAUUACAUUUGA